AUGAAUGAUCACGAAGAUGAUGAUGUUCGAGGAUAUCCUUUUGGAUUGUUGGAUUAUUUCUCUGAUGAUUGUCCUUCAACAGGAAAUCCAUUACUUCUUUUAAGUGACUAUCAGAAAAAUAUUAAAAAUGCUAGAUCAAAUGAAUGGAAAGCUUCCUUAAUGAUUCGCAAGCUUAGCAAGGACGAUACUUUUUUUCCCGUUGCUGAACCAAGAAUUAAUUUAUUUGGUCAUUUGGAAAGAGUACCUGAUGAUGAAGUUGCAGAUGCACAAAAAUGCUUUUUAGCAAAACAUCCAAGGGCCCGUUUUUGGAUCCCUGGUGUAGGUCACGAAUUCUAUUUCUAUAGAUUUAUCGUACACAAUAUUUAUUUUGUUGGUGGAUUUGGUAAUAAACAUUAUAUCGGUUAUAUUAAUAAUGAAUUAUAUCACAAAGUUAAACCCGAAAGCAAUCAUCAUACUCAUCAUUGUGGUAGGAAAGUUGAGAAAGAUUAUAGUUUGGUGAAUAUGCAAUAUUAUUAA